AACAUUUAUUUCAACAAUCUAUACAAUUUUGAAACUUAAAACACUGCGUUUCGUGAUACAUUUUAUGCUCAUGAAUGUUAUUGCGUUGGCAUUAUAUAAUAAAUAUGCCUAAAUCAAAUCGAAAGGCGGUUUCGUUGACGUCAGAAGGAGAAAGGUCACAAGAUGACGGCAAAGAUGGCGGCCUCCAUAGUGGAGCAUGGAGAAGAUGCUUUUAGAAAAUUGUUCAAGUUUUACAAAAGGAGAAAUCCUCCUCCAGACUUCAGUGAGGUUAUUAAUUUCUCCAAACCUUGUAAUGACAAGGUUUUUGCCUUUGAACUUAACUCCACUCCUAUAAGCGAGGAAGAUGUUUCCAAAGCUGGUCUUCAGCCGGUAAAAGACUGGAGGGCAUUUGGUCUUCAUGGAUAUCCAGGGUUUAUCUUCAUAUCCAACCCGUUCCUGCCGGGUUCUCAGCAGUACUGGGUAAAGCAGUGUUUGAAGAUAUAUCCACAGAAACCCAACGUGUGUAACCUGGAUAUGCAUAUGUCAUCUGUGGAGACUGAAAACAUCUGGGGAAAAAGUAUAGAUGUUAUUCAGAGGAAAGGCUGUGGGAAAAGAGAGCCCAAAACUCUGCUAGAAAAACUGCGCUGGGUAACGCUGGGUUACCACUAUGAUUGGAAUUCCAAGACUUACUCUCCAGACCACUACACUCCCUUUCCCAAGGAACUUCACUCGCUUUCUCACAAAGUGGCAGCGGCCUGCGGCUUUCCUGGCUUUAAUGCAGAGGCAGGCAUUCUCAACUACUACCGAUCUGAUUCCUCGCUUGGAAUCCAUGUCGACGAAUCAGAGCUCGACCAUACCCCACCUUUGUUGUCUUUCAGCUUUGGACAGACUGCUGUUUUCCUGUUGGGCGGGACUAAGAGGGAUGACCGGCCCACAGCCAUGUUCAUGAACAGCGGUGAUAUAAUGGUGAUGUCAGGACCCAGCCGUUUACUGUAUCACGCAGUACCCUGCAUCGUCCCCGCCCCCGCUGGAAACACGCUGCCACCCUGCCUGGGCCAGAGACUAGAGACGGAGGCAAAGGGCGAUUACAUCCAAAGUGUACCGGAAGAGGACUGGGACGUUUGCUCCUGGUACUUGCAGACGUCUCGGGUAAAUGUGACCGUUCGACAAGUACUUGCUACUGGUCAGACCUUUCCAAGUUCACAGGCAUCACAUUUGACAACAGACAGUUGUGAAAAAUCAGAGGAAGGAACUCAGAAAAAUAAUAAGAGGAAAAGCGAAUCGGGCUAUGAGCGUGACGCCUAACAAAUUUUAUUUAUGCAAAAUGCACCGGGUAUUUAAAGUUGUACAUAUAGCUUCAAAUAAAUGCAUUAUUGCGAUCACUUCCCAGAUAAUGGCUCUUCGUUCCAGAGCAGGUGUUGCGAAUUCACAGCCACUUAUGCGUCAAGUCAACUCGGCUUAAAGCGUAGUCCUACAUUUUACCCUGUCAUGACCAACUUCACGCGCGAUACUUCUCAGUCUGCAGAACGGGCGGUGACAUUCAGUCUGGUCUGUUGUGAGUCGUGACAGUUUGCCAGGCGCAGGUCUGUUGAUUUAAGGCUGGUUGCCAUGUUUGCUCACUCAGGGCUGUAACACUAAACAGAGCUGACCUUCAGAGGAAAACCGGGGAGACGGCGUAUAAUCUUUUUAAUCUGGUCAAGCGGUGUCACGACAUGUCAAAGCCAGUGUGAGAUUGCCUAUGACAAGUUCCCAGAGGGACCCAGGUUGACACUGCCGUUGUGACUGAAAACACUGGGGGCCGGCGUUACCAUGGUGAUAAAACACUUCUGUCACUGCGUCUGCCUCUCGUGAAAUGCUUUCAAAAGUUCAUGUCUGCAUGUCAGAUUUGCAAGAUUGAUGUUUCUGGUCUUUUACAUGCUGUAAAAACGUAAAUGCUAGGCACCGUUUAUCGGCGUGUAUUUUGUUGUUGUGGUACUGUCAAGGGGGUAUGUGAGAUGUCACCCGGUUUGCUACAUCCAGAGGCUGUGAUGGGUGCUGUUAUGAUGGGACAUGCAUGAAAAACAUGGUAAUGCUAUGGUAUUUUGAAAUAUAAGCUAAUAUGGCACUAAAUGAUAGUAUUUGCUUAAUCAUUUUUGUCAGUUUCGGAUAUAUAUCAUAAUAUUUGCACGGUACUUAAAGGAAUAGUUCACCCAAAAAUGAAGACAUUUUACUCGCCUCCAAGCCAUCCUAGGUGUAUAUGACUUUCUUCUUUGAGACAAACACAGUCGGGAGAUACAUUUUUGAAAAACUGACUGUUCAUCUGAAACAAGAAAGUCAUGUACACCUAGGAUGGCCUGGGGGUUAGUAAAAUAUGCAAUAAUUUUAAUUUUUGCGUCAACUAUUUCUUUAAAUCCUAAUUUGCCAUAAAAACACACUUUAAUACAAGAAGAUGAUUUUGUGGUAUGUUGAUUGUGAUUUGUGAUUGUAAUUAUUAAAAAUAUUUUGUGGUACUGAAA